AUGUCCAAAAUCCUCACUGUCUUUGGUGCCACCGGCAACCAAGGUGGCUCAGUUAUCAGAGCUAUUCUAGCCGACCCUGUUCUCUCUAAGAGUUGGAAGAUUCGCGGCGUCACCCGCGAUACCAGCAAGCCCGCGGCAAAAAAGCUCGCCCAAGAUGGCGUCGAGGUCGUUUCCGCCAACAUGUCCUCAGUCGAGGCAGCUCUCCCAGCGGUUACUGGAGCCCAUACUGUGUUCUUGGUUACCAACUUCUGGGAAUCCAUGAACAAGGAUACCGAAGUCAACCAAGGCAAGGCUGUUACUGAUGCUUGCAAGCAAGCCGGCGUGAAGCAUCUCAUUUUCUCAUCACUCAGGAAUGUCACGGAGAUCAGCAAUGGUCGUUUGCCCAAUGUGACCCAUUUUGAUGGCAAGGCUGAAGUUGAGUCUUAUAUCCGGGCUAGUGGGGUCCCUGGCACCUUUGUCCUUCCUGGUCUGUUCAUGUCGAACUUUUUCCAGUUUUUCAACAAGCAGGACGAUACAUACACCCUUGCUUGGCCCGUCAACCUGGACAAGACUCAGGUUCCCCUUUUUGAUGCUGCAAGUGAUACCGGCAAAUUUGUCAAAGCGGCCAUAAAGCACUAUCCAUCUUCCGUCAACCAGCGAAUUCUCGCUGCUACUGAUUAUUACUCGCCGGAGAGGAUUGUUAAUGAGUUUAAGGAGGCCACAGGCUACCAGGCUCAGGCAGUACAAAUUCCUGGAGACGUGUUCAAAUCAUUUUUGCCCCCCGCAGUUGCACAGGAAAUGUUGGAAAACAUCAUGUUGCUUGAAGACCCCGGUUAUUAUGCUGGUGAACCCUUAUCACCUUCUCUCGCUCUGGUAGACGAGAAACCUACCGAGUGGAAGGACUAUGUAAUUAGCAACAAGGAAAAGUUUUAG